AUCUGUGGUAAAUCAUUCUCUCGAAAUAGCCACUUAAAUGAACACAAACCUAUUCAUACAGGAAAAAAGUUAUAUCAGUGUGACAUCUGUGAUAAAUCAUUCGUUGAAUGUCAAAAAUUAACUUUGCAUAAGCGUAUUCACUCAGAAGAGAAGCCAUAUUAUUGUGAUGUCUGUGGUAAAUCAUUCUCUCGAAAUAGUUAUUUAAGUUUGCACAAACGUGUUCAUACAGGGGAGAGACCACAUCAGUGUGAUAUCUGUGGUCAAUCAUUCUCUCGCAGUAGUAACUUAAUUUCUCACAAAUAUACUCACACAGGAGAAAAACCAUAUCAUUGUGAUAUCUGUGGGAAAUCAUUCUCUUACAGUAGUCACUUAAGUACACAUAAACGUAUUCAUACUGGAGAAAGACCAUAUCACUGUGACAUCUGUGGUAAAUCAUUCUCAAAGAGUGAUCAG